GCUGCCACCCCGCGCCCUUCCGCGAACUUUUCCGCCGGGCUCCGCGCCCCACGCAGCCCAGCCCCGCGCCGCCCGCCACCGCCGCGGCCACCGCCCGCCGCCCACGGGGGGCUCCCGGCGGCGAACUUUCCGCCCGGGGGAGUUCGUCCUUCCCCGCACUCCCGCGGCGCGGCGGAGCCCCGGGCUGCCUGGGCCGUGCCGCGCCGAGCGGGGGGCGGCGCGGCGGAGCCCCGCGCUCGUCCCCGGCGGCGGGCGCCGCUCCGGCCCGCCCCGCACGGGAGUGCAGGCGCCGGGCUCCGGCGGGCUCUGCUGCUGUUGCUCCCGCAGCCGCCGCCGCCGCCGCAGGAGGAGGAUGGAGCCGGGCAAGGAGCCCCGGGCGGCCGCGGGGGAGAAGCCCGGCGAGCCCGAGCCGGCCGUGUCCUUCCAGGCCCGGCUGUGGAAGAACCUGCAGCUGGGGGGCAAGGGCCGGAGCGGCGGCGGGCGGGCGGCAGCCGAGCGCCGCACUGCGGAGCCCCCCGCCCCGCCGGCACCGGCCGGCAGCAAGGGGGACCUGCCGCCCGGCGCGAAGUGGAGCGGCUUCAAGCGGCGGCGGCAAGUGCUGGACCGCGUCUUCUCGUCCUCCCAGCCCAACCUCUGCUGCUCGGCCGCCGAGCCGCUGGAGCCGGCCGGCGAGCCCGGCUCCGCCCUGCGCCGCCUGCGGGAGCACCUGCUGCCCCAGGGCAAGGGGCCGCCGGCCGGCCGCCGCGACGAGCCCGCGGCCGGCGAUGAGGGGCCCAAGGGCGGCAAGGAGGGCCGCCGGCCCGGGGCGCACCUGUCCCACCAGAAGAGCUCCUCGCUGCCCAGCACCGCCUGCCUGGAGCAGCUGCUGCAGGGCUCGCCCACGGCCGGCAGGAGGAAGGAGCCGCGGGCGGAGGACGGCGACGGCGGCGCGGGAACAAAUUUGGUAGGAACAAGUAAUGCAGAUUUUCCCUCUGGGGAUCCCGGAAUGUACCAGUUGGACAUUACUCUAAGAAGAGGACAGAAUCUAGCAGCACGGGACCGUGGAGGAACCAGUGACCCAUAUGUCAAGUUCAAAAUUGGAGGAAAGGAAGUGUUUAGAAGUAAAACAAUACACAAGAACCUCAAUCCUGUGUGGGAAGAAAAAGCUUGGAUUCUUAUAGAUAGCCUAAGAGAACCAUUGUAUAUAAAGGUCUUUGACUAUGACUUUGGAUUUCAAGAUGACUUUAUUGGUUCCGCAUUUUUGGAUCUCACUUCAUUGGAAUUAAACAGGCAAACAGAUGUUACCUUGAGUCUGAAGGAUCCUCGUUACCCUCACCAUGAUCUGGGAAGUAUAUUGUUAUCAGUUCUGUUGGCUCCUAGAGAACAGCGAGAAGUGACAAUGCUAAUGAGGAAGAGUUGGAAAAGAUCAAGUAAGUUUCAGACCCAGAGCUUACGACUUUCAGACCUGCACAGAAAAUCUCAGCUAUGGAGAGGGAUAGUUAGUGUUACCUUAAUAGAAGGUCGUGAACUUAAGGCGAUGGAUGCAAAUGGACGAAGUGAUCCUUAUGUGAAAUUCCGGUUGGGACAUCAGAAGUACAAGAGCAAGAUUGUGCCAAAAACUUUGAAUCCUCAGUGGAGGGAGCAGUUUGACUUUCAUCUCUAUGAAGAACGAGGUGGAAUUAUUUAUAUUACCGUGUGGGACAAAGAUGUUGGCAAAAAGGAUGAUUUUAUUGGCAGGUGCCAGAUUGACCUUUCGACCCUGAGUAAAGAACAAACCCACAAGUUGGAGGUGCCGCUGGAGGACGGAGAGGGACGCCUGGUGUUGCUGGUCACUCUCACAGCUUCAGCUGCAGUCACUAUCUCUGACUUCUCCGUCAGCUCCCUGGAGGACCAGAAGGAGCGAGAGGAGAUACUGAAGAGAUAUAGUCCAAUGACGAUGUUCCGUAACAUGAAGGAUGUGGGAUUUCUUCAGGUGAAGGUCAUCAGGGCAGAAGCAUUGAUGGCAGCGGACGUCACAGGUAAAAGUGAUCCGUUUUGUGUAGUUGAAUUGAACAAUGACAGACUGCUGACACACACCAUCUACAAGAACCUCAAUCCGGAAUGGAACAAAAUCUUCACAUUCAAUAUUAAAGACAUCCACUCGGUGCUUGAAGUGACAGUUUAUGACGAAGACCGCGAUCGGACCGCUGACUUUCUAGGCAAAGUCGCUAUACCAUUGCUGUCUAUUCAAAAUGGUGAACAGAAAGCCUACGUCUUGAAAAACAAGCAGCUGACAGGGCCAACAAAGGGGGUCAUCUAUCUUGAAAUAGAUGUGAUUUUUAAUGCUGUGAAAGCCAGCAUACGAACCUUAAUGCCCAAAGAACAGAAGUACAUUGAAGAGGAAAACAGACUGUCUAAACAGCUACUUUUAAGAAACUUUGCCCGGAUGAAGCGUUGUAUCAUGGUGCUCAUAAAUGCCGCCUACUACAUUAGCAGUUGCUUUGAUUGGGAUUCUCCCCCAAGAAGUCUUGCUGCUUUUUUGCUUUUUCUUUUUGUGGUCUGGAACUUUGAGCUCUACAUGAUACCACUGGCUUUGUUGUUGCUGCUGGCAUGGAACUACUUCUUGAUCGUAUCAGGGAAAGAUAACAGGCAACAUGAUACGGUUGGUGAAGACAGGACCCUCAGACUGCUCCAAACAGGAUGGCUAAAACAGUGUACCGAGCUUCAGCAGGAACUGACAAGCAUUUCCCCUCUCAACGCUGAGGUAGUGGAGGACAUGCUAGAGGACGAGGAAGAAGAGGAUGACAGAGAUGACAAGGACAGUGAAAAGAAAGGAUUUAUGAAUAGACUUUACGCCAUCCAGGAGGUGUGUGUCAGUGUCCAGAAUAUCCUUGGUGAAGUAGCUUCCUUUGGAGAAAGGAUCAAGAACACUUUCAAUUGGACUGUCCCAUUCCUGAGCUGGCUGGCGAUUGUUGCCCUCUCCGUGUUCACCAUCAUCCUGUAUUUCAUUCCACUGAGAUACAUUGUCCUUGUCUGGGGCAUCAAUAAAUUUACAAAGAGGCUUCGAAGUCCAUAUGCAAUCGAUAACAAUGAGCUACUUGACUUUCUAUCCAGAGUUCCUUCAGAUGUGCAAAUGGUGCAAUACCAUGAACUGAAACAAGAUCCCAGUCACAGCCCAAGCAAGAGGAAGAAAAACAACCCCGUCUAGCCAGCUUCAUGUUUUGAGGAGACUAGCAUCUGCAGGGGGAAGAUAAAAGAAAAAAACUACGACCCAAGCAGCGUUUCUUUUCUCUAAGCUUUUUAUUUAUUUUGCCUUUUUAUCUAAUGGGGAGAUUUUGUAAAUAUUGUAAAAAGGCAUUUCUCGUUGAAGAUAUAUUUCGCACUGUAAAGACGUUUGUUGAAGGUUUCAAGUAGGGUUUUGCCAUUGGAAAGCCUUGCUGGAAGCAGCAUAGCACAUUAGAGGAACCAAUCUAAAACAGUAAAUAUGCACUGCUACUUGGUGGUCAAAGAUACCUGAAAUGCUCAAACCAUACCGACUAAAUCUACAAAAGGUGUAAACCUAAAUCUGACUCAAAAAUUUAGUCAGGGUUUUAUUUGUGAGCGUUAAUAUUUUUAUCCAGUAAGUCACCAUUACGAUUUUCUAUGUUUUAUACAUUUCAAGAGAAGUACAAUAUAGUGGAACCUACUGCACGUAAGUUUAAGCAGAUUUUCUUGAACUCCAGACCCUGAUGUUAACUCCUGGUGCAACAUUUUAUUGUGCAGUGGGGCUGCUCAUAAGAUAAUGAGAAACACCAAGUGCAAAUCUCUUUUGGAGCUCCCAAAAGAAGUUCCUGCCAUUUUUAUCAUUCCAUUGUAAGACCUAAAAAUCUCUGUCUCUCUCAAAAUACUGCCAGGUUUGUAACUGAUUGCCUAUCUGAUUUUUCUAUAUGUACCAGUAAUCUUCAUUUGUACUACACAGUUUAGUGAAUGAAGUUCAUAGUUCUGCUGUAACAGAAAUACUAUCGGACUAACUCCAUAUUGCUUUGGGUGUCAUGCUAUGAACACCUUUUGUGCACAUAACUAUUUUAAUAUGGAAGUCUUGCAGAAGGUGUUUUUGCUUUCAGAUCACAAGAUCAUGUUAAUACGCUGUAUGAUGUAACACAUUAACUGUUACCAAUGUGAAAUAUAGUGUAGAGGAAAAAAAUCGCAGUUGUGGUAAAACUGAUAUACUGGUUUUAUUUCCUUAGUUAAUAAUGUAGUCAGUUCUUCUGAUACAGUUGUGCCCUACUGCAUGGAAACAGCAUUAUUUUAUAAAUUACAUGGGACAUAGACGAGAAUCGUUUACAUUUCAAAUGUCUUAGUGGCCACUGCAUAACGAGUACUUGGGGAUAUAUUCUGAUAGCUGCAUGUAGACUUCCACGCUCAGCUCCCCGCGUAGUGAGCAGAGACUUCAUUCCUGAGGGACUACCUGUGCACAGCUCUUAGUCGUAGCUCCCAUUGACGUUAAAGGGGAUUUUUGCCCGGGGGAGAGCCGAGGGAUGACAUCCUCAAGGGAAGCUCUUCCUGCGGUCCUCUGUGGGUUACCUCUUAUUGGUUGCAAUUGCUGAUAAAGUUAUAUUGCACUACUCUAACAAUACUUUUUGAAAAGACUAUUUAGAAAUACUUUGCAAGCAAAUCUAUAUACAUUUGUCUAAAGAGUUGUAUGUUAGCUGCAUUGCUCAUGAAAGAUCAUCCUGGAUUUGUUUAUUUUGCAGUAAGACACGUUGAUAGCCGGUUCCUGGUGUGGCAGUUAUUUUGAUCUCUGUUUUUAUGUUUGAAAGAACGCCAGUCAAACGAUUGUUCUGCAGAAAGUCUCAGACCUAAAUACGAUCUUGUUACACCAUGACUUUAAAAAAAUCUAUUCGCGAAGCUUGUGUAACCACUUUUCCACUGGGUGCUGCCCAGAGAGCAGCAUACUAUUGAUGAAGCCAGAAUCACUGAUGAGCCUAUUUUGUUUAAAAAAAAGCCAAACUUCCAACUUGACAAUGUGCGAAUGUUUGUUGCCAGUUUUCAGUUUUGCAGAGUUCUUUGAUAAACACUGCAAGCCUUGUACCUUCUUAAUGUUGCCCAUCGGUCUGCGUGCGAUUCCCUGUUGCGGUUUUUUUUUUCUGUACUCAAUUUCAACUGUCUAUUUCGGUGGUAAUGUCCAAGUUAGUUAGUUAUACAUAUUUACUGCAUUAAACACAGUUUAAGUAUCUCUCUA